AUGGGUUUGGUUACAGAUGAAGUGAGGGCUAGGGCAGAGAAAUACACAGGAGACGAGUUAUGCCGCGAGAAGACCAAGGAGUUCCUCAAAGAAGUUGCCAUGCCUAAUGGGUUACUGCCGUUGAAGGACAUAGAAGAGGUUGGAUACGACAGAGAAACAGGUGUUGUGUGGCUGAAGCAGAAGAAGAGCAUCACUCACAAGUUUGAAGCUAUUGGGAAACUUGUCUCUUACGGCACUGAGGUCACUGCCGUGGUGGAAGUUGGAAAGAUCAAGAAGCUGACCGGUGUUAAGGCCAAGGAGCUUCUUAUUUGGGUCACUCUCAACGAGCUUGUCUUGGAGCAGCCAACAAGUUCUGGGAAGAUCAAUUUCAGGACACCGACUGGAUUGUCCAGGACUUUCCCUGUUUCAGCUUUUGUGGUUCCUGAAGUUGAGAAGCCUGCACCUGUUAAAGAAGCUAUUGCAAAUUAG